AAAAGGUUAAUAUUUCGAUCAUUGACCUCAAGGUUAUCGAGAUACUGAAAGUAGAACAUACUUUGGAUUUGUGUAGACACGAUCGGGCGAGUCCGUGUGGCUUCGCAUAAUGUAAUAUGAAAAUAUCGACCCGUCGAGCAACCCAGCGAUGUUUUCAUAUUAUAUUAUGCCUUUCGCCUCUCCAUUACCUGCACGUGGUUCCAUUCUAUCGUGUCUGUACUCUAUACAUAUACGAGCACUUAGGCAUUCAGUAUUUGCGCAUGACAAGAGAAUUUUGAAAUGGAACACCUGAUAGAAAGUGUUAAAAAAUACCCUUGUUUGUGGGCAACAGAUCUUGAGGAACAUAAAAUUAGUAUUGUAAGGGAUGCAGCUUGGACAAAAGUUAUAGAAGAAUGUGAUAUACCAGACAUAAGAGAAGCAAAAAAUUUAUGGAAGAAAUUGAGAGACGGACAUCGACAGUCGAUCAAUAGAAAAAGAACAACCAUUGGACAAACAUCUGAGAGUGGAAAAAACUGGAAAUAUGAUAAAAUGAUGGAGUUCUUGCUUCCUUAUAUAGGAAGUAGGGAAAGAGUUACAAAUGUUUUGCCUAUUAGUGAACAAUCUAAUUCUCAAGAAUUCCAGACAAUAUUACCUAAUGAAGAAUCCUCAACCAAUAAUUUGGACAAUGAAGUGAUCACAAGGAAAAGAAAGAGACCUAAUGGAAUAAAAAGAUAUUUGGAAGCUGAAAACAAAAAACUAGAGAAUAGAAUGGUGAAACGAGAUUUGUUGAGAAGAAAAUUAUUAACCAGCCAAGAAGAAAAGGAUUCAAUGAAAUGUUUUCUUGACGCAAUGUACGAGAUGUCCAAAAAUCUGCCAGAAGAAUUCCAAAUGAAAAUUCAGCGUGAAGUUUUCAAUAGUGUCAUGCAGGCUCGUGAAGACAAUAUGUUAUCUACGAAUGAAUUCUCACAUUCGACAACAACCACACAUUGUACUAAAAUUGAACCAUCAUAUUCUACAAAUGAAGUAGAAGGAACUUACGAAGAAUUGUACUAAUAUUCUUUCCUUAUGUAGAUCAAAAAAAAUAUCCUGAUUUCAUUUCACCAAUGAACGUAUCGGAUUAAAUUUAUUUCUGUUAAUAAAUAUUUUUAUUAUUAUGUAUUAUCAUUUAUUAUGAAUUUGCAAUAAAGAGUUUAAUAGAA